AUGCUGAGAGUCCGGAAAAAGGGUUACUUGGGGAUUUGGUCAUUCCCUUUAAUAAUAGCCGUGGUGUGUGCACAGAGUGUCAAUGACCCUAGUAAUAUGUCCCUGGUAAAAGAGACGGUGGAUAGACUGCUGAAGGGCUAUGACAUUCGCUUGAGGCCAGAUUUUGGAGGUCCCCCAGUGGCUGUUGGCAUGAACAUAGACAUUGCCAGUAUAGAUAUGGUCUCAGAAGUCAAUAUGGACUAUACCUUGACAAUGUACUUUCAGCAAGCGUGGAGGGAUAAGAGGCUCUCGUAUAAUGUAAUACCUCUAAACCUUACUCUGGACAACAGAGUAGCUGACCAGCUGUGGGUUCCUGAUACCUAUUUUCUGAAUGACAAGAAGUCAUUUGUACAUGGUGUCACUGUGAAGAACAGAAUGAUACGUUUGCAUCCAGAUGGGACAGUCCUUUAUGGACUCAGAAUUACAACAACAGCUGCUUGUAUGAUGGACCUACGGAGAUAUCCGCUGGAUGAGCAGAACUGCACACUGGAGAUUGAGAGCUAUGGCUAUACGACAGAUGACAUUGAAUUUUACUGGCGUGGGGGUGAUAAUGCAGUCACAGGAGUGACAAAGAUCGAACUGCCACAGUUCUCCAUUGUAGACUACAAGCUUAUCACCAAGAAUGUUGUUUUCUCUACAGGUGCCUACCCAAGGCUGUCUCUCAGCUUUAAACUUAAGAGAAACAUUGGUUACUUCAUUCUGCAGACCUACAUGCCUUCUAUUCUGAUCACUAUCCUGUCCUGGGUUUCCUUCUGGAUUAAUUAUGAUGCUUCAGCUGCAAGAGUUGCUUUAGGAAUCACAACUGUGCUCACAAUGACAACAAUUAACACCCAUCUUCGAGAGACUCUUCCCAAAAUUCCAUAUGUGAAAGCCAUUGACAUGUACCUUAUGGGAUGUUUUGUCUUCGUUUUCAUGGCUCUGCUGGAGUAUGCAUUGGUCAACUACAUCUUCUUUGGCAGGGGACCUCAGCGUCAAAAGAAAGCAGCAGAAAAAGCUGCCAGUGCAAACAAUGAGAAGUUGCGAAUGGAUGUCAAUAAGGACAGAAGAAUAAUUGGCACAUAUCAUUGUCCAGAAAUGUAUUCAACAAAGAUGGAUCCACAUGAAAAUAUUUUGUUGAGCACACUUGAAAUUAAAAAUGAGAUGGCUGCCUCUGAGGCUGUGAUGGGGCUUGGGGACCCUAGAAGCACAAUGCUGGCGUAUGACACUUCAAGCAUCCAGUACCGGAAAGCUGGCUUACCCAGACACAGCUUUGGUCGCAAUGCCCUGGAGCGACAUGUGGCACAGAAGAAAAGUAGGCUACGGAGACGUGCAUCUCAACUGAAAAUUACCAUCCCUGACUUGACUGAUGUAAAUGCCAUAGAUCGAUGGUCACGCAUAUUCUUCCCUGUUGUUUUUUCCUUCUUCAAUAUUGUCUAUUGGCUUUACUAUGUGAACUAA